AUGGCGGAGGUGUGGGCCAGACUCGCCUUCGUGGUGGGCAUCUCGCUGUUCCACGCUGGCUAUUCUGCGGCACAGCACCGUGCUUACCUGAGAGUGACGGAACAGGAGUACACAGCGCUGCCCACAGAUAUCAGUGUCCAGGGCCUGCUGAGUCUCCUGUUAACUAUGUAUGGAAUCCUUCACAUUGCUGGGGACUUCAAAGAGAUCCGGGCAAAUGUACAGCUUCAGAAUAAGUCAUGGGAGACUGUAGGCAACCGGCCAACCUUCUACACAUUUGCUCACCGGGGUCGGGCGCUGAGUCCAAACUAUGUGAUGCCGCGGUCCAGAUCCCCCCAGGACAUGGUGGAGACGCUGCCCUCGUAGUGGCCCCAUGCUGCCCCGCGCUGCCUUCACUCUCACCUCUUGGUCGUUUGAAAGAUUUCAUAAAGGAAUCCUUCUUUAUCUUUCUAGGGAGGACCAGUCCUUUAUUGUUUUUAAGGCAGGAAGGUUCAGCAAAAUCUAUCUUUCUUUUUUAAGAAAGGUUAGGUGAAGGACAUCCAGUCUUCAGGCUUUUGGAGUAACAGACAAAUUGAUCUUCAUCUUUCCUCUGAUAUACAAGUGAAGAAUGCAAUUUACAGGAAACUUUCUUAGAUUUACAGGAAAAUAUUGAAAAGAUUGGGAAUUAUUCUACAUUUACAUUUGUUCCCAAUUCACAAAGGUGUAACUAACAUGCAAACCCUAACUCAUCCAUAGUCAUGAUUCACCUGUACCUGUACCUGAAGUGCUUCACGGUGUAUCCAGGACAUUGUUCUGGAUCCAACACUUGAGCUUUCUCUCCUGCCUUUGUUGUUUUAUUUUCUGUCUUGUUUAAUGAAGACAUGAUCGUUGUGUCCUUAGAAUGUAAUGUGGAUCAGACACUUACCUUUUCUUUCUGCUCUAAUCAUUUUAUCUUUGUAUUGCUGUGUCCCAGACUGUGUUUUGGGUCCUACAUUAAGGUGUCAGUGUUUGUGGUGGUCCGAGGUGCAGGUAGAGUAAUACGAGAAAAAUAACCUUUCUGAGUCUGAUCAUGAUUCAUACAGAAUAACUUCCAUUGAUGUUUGUCUUAUGAGAUAAUUCCAGAACCAUUGUAAGAUGUUAGAUAUUUGUAGAGCAAAGUAUGUUAGCUGUUGGAGUAUUAUUUUAUCAUCUUUCUUACCAAAGAACUUGGAGAAAUAUUCACACCACUACAAGAGAUGAACAUUUUCCUUGAAUUGUAAAUAUCAGUUGUUGGUUCAGUUAGGAAGUGGAGAGUUUGUAGGUGACAGAUAGUAUUUAUAUUUCCUUCUUAUCCUCUGACAUGAGCAGAGUUUGUCCUGUGUCUUAGAUCUUCUGUAUGGUAGAAAGUGUGUAGGUAAUGUAUUGCACACUUCUUUAAUUCAUGUCAUUAGCAGUUGUAGGAGUUGAUAAUGGUUAUUUCUCCCUAAUUAAAAUCUGACCUUAAAA